CGCUCUCUUCUCCGUAAAACGAAGCGAGAAAAGCAAACCCACGAAAUCUUCGCGCACGCAUUUUUUCGCGCAGCAGCGCAAGCGCUCUGCUUUUCGCGAGCACUAGCCGCGGCCCCGCCGCAGGUCGGGUCGGCCACUAGCACGAGCAGCAGCAGCGGCGGCAGCCAGCCAUGUGCGGCGGCGCCAUCCUCUCCGACAUCCUCCCGCCGCCGCCACGGCGGGUGACGGCCGGCGACCUCUGGCUGGAGAAGCAGCAGAAGAAGAAGAAGACGCAGAAGGCGCGGAGGCUGCCCCGACGCGACGAGGAGGAGGAGGAGGAGGAGGAGGACUUCGAGGCCGACUUCGAGGAGUUCGAGGGGGAGUCCGGGGAGUCGGAGGUGGAGGUGGAGGUGGAGUCCGACGUCGACGAGGCCAAGCCGCCGCUCGCCGCGCCGCCCAGGAGCGGCGUGGCUAGAGGUGGAUUGAACACUACUGUUGCUGGUGCUGAUGGCCCUGCAGCAAGGUCUGCGAAAAGGAAGAGAAAGAACCAAUUCAGGGGUAUCCGCCAGCGCCCAUGGGGCAAAUGGGCUGCUGAAAUCAGAGAUCCUCGCAAAGGUGUCCGCGUCUGGCUUGGCACCUUCAACUCUCCCGAGGAAGCUGCUAGAGCUUAUGACGCGGAAGCACGAAGGAUUCGAGGCAAGAAGGCGAAGGUCAACUUCCCGGACGGGGCUCCGGUGGCUUCUCAGAGCCAGCACACUGAGCCUUCCUCUGUGAACAUGCCCACCUUCAGUGUGGAAGAGAAGCCGGCUGUCAUGUCAGCAGGCAACAACACCAUGUACAACACAAAUGCCUAUGCCUACCGUGCUGUUGAAUACACCUUAGAGGAGCCAUUUGUGCAGACUCAGAAUGUCUCAUUUGUUCCCACAAUGAAUGUGAUUGGGGAUUCUUUCCUGAAUCUGUCCUCUGAUCAAGGGAGCAACUCCUUCGGCUGCUCGGACUUCAGCCAGGAGAAUGACACCAAGACCCCUGACAUAACAUCCAUGCUUGCACCGACCUUGACUGAGGUUGAUGAGUCUGCAUUCCUCCAGAACAAUGCCAGUGGUGCAAUGGUACCUCCUGUGAUGGGGAAUGCUAGCGUUGAUCUCGCUGACCUGGAGCCGUACAUGAAAUUUCUGAUUGACGGUGGUUCGGACGAGUCGAUUGACACCCUCCUGAGCUCUGAUGGAUCUCAGGAUGUAGCCAGUAGCAUGGACCUUUGGAGCUUCGAUGACAUGCCCGUGUCUGCCGAGUUCUACUGAGGGAUUUGGGGUGUAGCAACUGGUGCCUGUAUAUAAGAACAAGUGGAAUAAACAUUCCAGACAUCCAAGAAGCGCAUCUGUCAGGACCUGGGCGCCUCUAGUUGUGCUAUAGCUAUGUUAGUAUGUGUUAUGUCUUUAGCUUAGACGGUGAAGUCUCAAUUACUCUUUGGCAGUGGACUAUAUCUGUAUGUAACUGCUAUUGUGAGGCUGGAACAAGCUAUUUAGUUUCUACCUUAUCUGUACUUGCUAAGUUGCUAUAGAUGGCUGUGAACCCUGUGGCGCCAAUUAAUGUUUGCUAUAUACUGUGGUUGGUUUGAUAAACUCUGGUUUAAUGGACCCCUGUCAAUGUUCGUGCUAUGGAUGGGGAU